UAAACAGUUAAAACCCUACGGUUCUCCACCCGCUUAGCCCGGCACCUCCGCUCAUCCCUUCUCUCCAACAAGCCUUCAUUUUUUUUUUCUAGUGUCACUCCACUAACUAAAAUCACCUGAGAAAACCAACAGCACACACGAUGAAUCAUCUCUUCAGGAAAUCAGCAUCAAUCGCUUCUAUACUAUCGAGACAAGCUCGAACUUCUUUGAUCUCAGUAGAGCCAUUUUGUAUUGCUUCUGCUGCAAUAUCUACCGAAUCUGUUAGAGAUGCCAUCUUUAGCAGUGAAAUUGGUUCAUCUUCGUUUUCAAAGUUGCCGGCGAAGUUCGAGUUUGGUUUGCGAUAUAGGGGUUUUCAUUUCUCAACUGUCCCGCUUGAAUUUAAGUCUUCUACAGUUACACGAGCGGAAUACGCUGUUGAUGAUUUCGAAGAUGAUGAGAAGUCGUCGGGGAAAAGGGUUGGUGGUGAGAAAGAUGAGGGGCUUGAGAUUGCCAAGCUUGGGAUUGCUCCCGAAAUUGUUUCUGCUCUUGCAAAGAAAGGAAUUACUAAGCUGUUCCCAAUUCAGAGGGCUGUGCUGGAACCAGCAAUGCAGGGGCGUGACAUGAUUGGUCGAGCUAGGACAGGAACAGGGAAGACUUUAGCUUUUGGCAUUCCCAUUAUGGAUAAAAUAAUCCAAUUCAAUGCCAAGCAUGGGCGUGGAAGAAACCCUUUAGCCUUAGUGUUGGCUCCAACAAGAGAACUUGCACGGCAAGUUGAGAAGGAAUUUCAUGACUCCGCACCCAACUUGGACACACUUUGCGUCUAUGGAGGUGUGUCAAUUUCACAUCAAAUGAGAACUCUUAAUUAUGGUGUUGAUGUAGUUGUUGGCACUCCUGGUCGCAUUAUUGAUCUGCUCAAGAGAGGUGCGUUGGUUUUGUCGGAGGUUCAGUUUGUUGUUCUUGACGAGGCAGAUCAGAUGCUUGCUGUGGGCUUUGAUGAAGAUGUUGAAAUAAUAUUAGAGAAGUUACCCCAAAAGCGUCAGAGCAUGAUGUUCUCUGCCACAAUGCCAAGCUGGAUAAGAAAGCUCACCCAGAAGUACCUGAAUGAUCCAUUAACUAUUGAUCUAGUAGGGGAUUCUGAUCAGAAACUGGCAGAAGGGAUUACUCUAUAUUCAAUAGCAUCAGACAUGUAUGGGAAGGCAUCAAUUAUUGGUCCUCUAAUAACGGAACAUGCUAAAGGCGGCAAAUGUAUUGUUUUCACCCAAACUAAACGUGAUGCUGAUCGGUUGGCAUAUUCUAUGGGGCGCAAUUUUAGAUGUGAGGCUUUGCAUGGGGAUAUAUCACAGAAUCAGAGGGAGAGGACACUUUCAAGCUUCCGGGAUGGGCAUUUUAAUAUCUUAGUCGCUACGGAUGUUGCGGCUCGUGGGCUUGAUAUACCUAAUGUUGAUCUGAUAAUACAUUUUGAACUUCCUAGUACUUCAGAGAUGUUUGUUCAUAGAUCUGGCCGAACUGGCCGAGCUGGAAAGAAGGGGACUGCUGUUCUCAUUUAUACAGAUCAACAACAGAGGGCUGUCAGAAUGAUUGAGAGGGAUGUUGGAUGCAAGUUUAAUGAGCUCCCCAGGAUUGCUGGUGAGGCCGGAGAUCAGGGUUUGUUUGGUGAGAUGGGUGGUGGUGGUCGGUUUGGCUCAAGAGGUGGCCGAUUUAGUGACUUUGGUCGUUCUGGUGAUUUUGGUGGUGGUCGGUCUGGUGGCUUUGGUGGGUCAUCAGGUCGCGUGGGUGGCUUUGGUGAAUCAGGGCCUAGUCGGUUUGGUUCUUAUGGUGGAUCUAGUUCUGGUCGAUCUGGUGGUAGAUUUGGCAGCUAUGGCUCAAGCCGCUCUGGCAACUAUGGUGGUUCUGGUGAUUUUGGUAGUUCAGGUCGUUCGAGCAAUUCUCGCGAAUUUGGUGGUUCAGGUCGUCCAAGUGGUUUUGGGGACUCAGGUUCGAGUCGCUUCGGAGGAUCCAGUUCAAGACGCUUUGGUGGCUUUGAUGGUGGUAAUCCUGAUGAUGAUCGGAGAGCAUUCUGAUUAAAGAUCCACAGAUGGCUAAGGACUCGUUGGAUAAUUUGAUUACCCCAUUCAAUCAAAGAGCUAGUGACUAAAUAUGUAGUUAAAUGUAAGUUUUAGUUUAUCUGGUCAUGUUAAAGUCAUAUAUAGGGAAGAGAAUGAUUGCUAUUUGUACUCUAUUGCGAGUCUUGAAUGAAUAAUUUUUGUUAUAUUCUCCCAUGUAAAUUAUAUUCCUUCUUUGUUCCUAGCCUGCUAGUAUUUCUUGAACGGUUCAUCAAAGGCUGAAGGGAAGAAUGAUCUUGUAUUUUUAUUCUAUUGCAAGUCUCAAAUAACACAAUCUUCUCAUUUUUCACCA